UCGCCAAGCCUGGCUGCUGUGUGCCAUACCUAAUGCCGGGAUUUCGGUGCUCCUUAUAAACAUGGAGAAACAUGACCAUCUUGCCCAGGAUCCCAGGCUUGCCCCCUAGGUCAGCGACAUUCCGGAUGGAGGUCGGCGUGAGAGCUGCUCUGGGACUUUCCCUCACCUGCAUGUCUGGCCUCAGCCUCAUCUCCCCCGCCUGGUUCCAGAGCCCUUCCUUCUCUUACGGCGUCUUUACCUACUGCUCCUGGCCACAGGGUGACUGCUGGAACCAGAGCUGUGUGACCUUUGGAUCCCUGAAGGACAUGCCCAGCUUGGCCUGGAAGGUCUCAGCUGCAACGCUCCUGGGAGGCUGGCUUUUGCUGUCCAUCAGCGCUCUUGUCUUCUCAGCCUGGGCCCUGGCUCCCAGAAGGUUGUUUCCCAGGAGGGGCUUUGGUCCGACCCCUGUGGUGCAGGCGGCUGCAGCAGCCUCCAUGCUUGUAGGUCUGCUGGUUUUUCCAGCCACUCUGGCUUCCCCAUUUGCCAAAGAAGUCUGUGAAGGCUCCUCCAUGUACCACAGCGGAGUAUGCCGGCUGAGCUGGGGCUAUGCCACUGCCAUCCUCAACACGGUCCUGACCAGCCUGCUUGUCAUCAGGUGGCAAGUGACCACAGUCCAGAGGGCAGCCGUCCCCUUCUCCGGUGAGACUCAGAGAGCCAUCCUUGUGCCGGAAUGAGGAAAUGAGUAUCACCCAGGAAAAGCAAAGGACAAGCAACAAUCUCUACAGUCGAAUGAAAUUGCUGUACACUCGGGUUCAAAUUCCACCUCAUCUGUUCCCAUGAUGUGUGACCUCAGGCAAAUCAAUUUCCCUUU